AUUGAACGGAGUCACGCUUUUCUGAGUGAAAAGGAUCGCAUAGCUGUGCUGUGGCAGACAAACGAACGUUGUUCAGGCUUAGUAGGACGUCACAUGUGGCACAGAUAGAGGCUGACAGCCUGCUCAGGCCACACUGAUGUCAAAUCCUGGAUCUGCAGGACACGGCGACGAGCGGACCAAAACAUGGGCUUGCUGUCUGUUCUGAGGAAACUUAAAAACUCUCCAGAUCAGGAAGUGCGCAUCCUGCUGCUGGGACUGGACAAUGCAGGCAAAACCACACUGCUUAAACAGCUGGCAGCAGAGGACAUCACCCACAUCACACCUACUCAGGGCUUUAACAUAAAGAGCGUUCAGUCUCAGGGUUUUAAGCUGAAUGUCUGGGACAUCGGGGGCCAGAGGAAGAUCCGACCUUACUGGAGGAAUUAUUUUGAGAAUACAGAUCUCUUGAUCUAUGUGAUUGACAGCACAGACAAGAAACGGUUUGAGGAGACAGGCCAGGAACUGGCUGAACUACUGGAAGAGGAGAAGCUAAGCAUGGUGCCAUUGUUAAUUUUUGCCAACAAACAAGAUUUGAUGACUGCAGCAUCUGCAUCCGAGCUGGCUGAGGGGCUCAGCCUUCACACUAUUAGAGACCGAAUUUGGCAGAUCCAACCCUGCUCUGCUGUCAGUACUGAAGGAGUACAGGAUGGGAUGUUGUGGUUAUGCAAAAAUAUUCCAACCAGGACCAAAUGAUUCACGACACAAGUAGGCUGUUGAUCCUUUCUACUAUGCAGUUGAACCAACAGUAUAGUAAUAUAGCUUUGAUCAAAUCAAGAAAGUGUCAAAUGAGAGUAAAGAUGCUGUGUGGUUCUGCACUAAGUAUAAUAUUUCAUGAAAAACUGACCACUAAAAGAAUAAUAUCAAGCAUGGCUUUUGCAAUGAAAUGACUUAAGACCAAAAUGUCACAGUAUGUAAGUAUAUAGGCAUGGCCUGGCAACAGUAAGCAGUUUUGGUAAAACGUUACUUGAACCCUGCCACAUAACAUUGACAUAAUCAUAACAUAAACAUGUCAUGGCAGAUGUCAUAUGUUGUCAUGAGUUGUCAUGACAGAUCAUGUCCAGUAAUAUAACAGUGUCAUGUUACCAUUAACAUAAAUUGUCAUGAUAGGUGUCAUAAUGUGGGAUGUCAUGAUGGCUAACUAGAGUGCAUUUAGCAAACAUUAGUAUGUCACACAGCGUGUGACAUCGGACAUUAUGAUGUGUCAUGACAAUUACUGGUAAGGGUAACGUGACUGUUACAGUUGUAUGCAAAAGUUUGAGUGCUCCUGGUCAAAUUACAUGUUUUAUUAAUUUUUUUAAUGAAAAUACGUUAACACAUCCAUUACAGAUUACACACUUAUGCACACUUUAAAGCACACCUUUUGUGUUUUUUUUUGCUGAAUUUCACAUAUUGGAGAAACAAGUAUAAAAAGUUGGCUGUACAAAAAAUUGUGGCACAUUUUUACUGUAUGUUUAAUUUUUUCCCAAUGUACAAAUGAGCAAAUAAAUAGAUCUUUUGCUAAAAACUGUAAGGAAAAUUCUAUUUUAAUUUGUUCCCUGUACUGGAUGUGUUUACUUAUUUUCACUUCAAAAAUCAACCAAACAUUUAAUUUGGGAUAUACAAACCCUUGCAUACAACCUUAUAUUGCUGAACAAAUCUGUCAUGACAGCAUAUAUGACAUCUGCCAUGACAUGCUUAUGGCAUGGUUGUAACAGAGUUCAAGUAAAGUGUCAGCACGUUGUCCUUGUUUACGGCAUGUCUGAGUGUAAUAUUUAUUUGCCAUUUAUAUCAUUUCCUUUUUCAGUUCUGUUCACACUGAAGUAUUGUAAGCUGCUGUUCUUGCUCAUUACAGAGAAUAAAUAAACACCUAUUAACAUUUCA